UACUAGGCUUUUCUCGAAAUGACACAACUACCCUCGAGUUGAUUGGAUUUGCUUCGAAUAAUAUCUCAAACGGGAGGGGUACUAAUGAAAGUCUAAUAUCAGGGUCAUUUCUGUCAUUUUAUUCUCAACCACACGUCUAUAGAAUUUACACAAACGUAUUAUAAUCAGUUGAACACUAAACCACUCUUAUUCGUAACGGUUCUCUCUCUGCUCACCGAUAAUGGCAAGGUCUGUAAACCUUCUGAUAUUCUCGUUGUUCAUUACCUUCUCUCUUGUCUUACAGUCCGUCCACACUGUCCGAUCAGACCAUCAAGCGAACCACCAUCAAUCUCGAAGGAUCGCCGAUCUACGUAAAACGACGGAGAACUACCUUCGGUUACCUCCAGGUGCACCCUUCAAGAUUGCUUUGUUCGCCGACUUGCACUUUGGAGAGGCCGCGUCGACAGACUGGGGUCCACAGCAAGACAUGAAUUCUUCGAGGGUCAUGACAGCUGUUCUCGAUAAAGAAAACCCAGAUUUUGUAAUUUAUCUUGGGGAUGUCAUCACGGCCAAUAACAUACCGAUUGCAAAUGCUAGCUUGUACUGGGAUCAGGCAAUAUCACCAACAAGAGCCAGGGACAUACCAUGGGCUAGUGUAUUUGGAAACCAUGAUGAUGCACCAUUCGAGUGGCCAAUGGAGUGGUUUUCGGCUACUGGAAUUCCUCAACUUCAUUGCCCUGCCACAAAUUCCUUGUACUCAGGUGAGCAGGAUUGUAGCUUCAGAGGCACGCCACGUUUAAGGCUAAUGAAAAAUGAGAUUGAACAUAACAUAUUAUCAUACUCAAAAAAUGGUCCCAAGGAGCUUUGGCCAAGUAUUUCCAAUUACGUUGUUCGACUUUCCUCGUCAGACAAUCCGGAAUCUCCUGUGGCAUUCAUGUACUUUCUAGAUUCUGGUGGUGGUUCCUACCCUGAAGUGAUUUCAAGCGCCCAGGCGGAAUGGUUCCACCAAAAAUCCCAAGAUAUCAACCCUGAUUCGAGGGUGCCUGAGAUAAUCUUCUGGCAUAUUCCAAGUAAAGCCUAUAAGCGAGUGGCCCCAAAGCAUCUGAUGUUUUCGAGUUGCACGGGUUCAAUUAACAAGGAGACAGUUGCUGCUCAAGAAAAAGAAUUGGGCAUCAUGAGACUUCUUGAAGAAAGGCCUUCUGUCAAGGCAGUUUUUGUAGGUCACAACCAUGGAUUGGACUGGUGCUGCCCCUACAAGAAGCUGUGGCUUUGCUUUGCGAGGCAUACCGGUUAUGGUGGGUAUGGAAAUUGGGCUAGAGGAGCUAGAAUUUUGGAGAUUUCUCAGCAACCCUUCUGUCUCAAGUCAUGGAUAAGGAUGGAAGAUGGUCAGUCACACAGCAAGAUUCUCCUAAGCUGUUGAUGUUCUUCUUUCAUUUUUCUAUGUAUAUUCAAGGCCAAGAAAUGUAGUCAAAUUUGAAAAUUGAAGUGUGUGUAUGGAUCUUGUAAUCAAUAUCAGGUGGCAAGUUAUGUAUAUACUUUGUAAUCAUUUGCUUUCAUGUGUAUAUAUAUAUAUUCAGCAUCAAAUAAUUUCGAUAUUUGAA